AUGAGAAGAACAUCUGAGCGAAUUCGAUUACCUCUGCAUUCUAUCAUUUGCCUCAUCGCCAGUUGUCAACUGUCUCCAGCAUAUCACCCUCGUCACCUCUUGUCUCCAAAGCUCCAUGAAUUCUUCACUGCUGCGAUGAUGAUCAUCUUGAAACUUACCCUCUGGACGAGUCCACGACGGACCCUGACCUUUCCCCAACGUCCUCCAUCUGCAUCACUCUCGUUGACUCUGCUGACUUGUACAAACUGCGUGACUGCGCCGUUGGAUCGGAGGAUAUUUUGGACGCAUCGCGUGAGAGUCGAAGCAGCUGGAUGCAGGACGAGCAACGAUGUUCUUCUGAAGCAAGCCACCACCAAGAUUCACAUACAAUCGCGUCGAGACGCGAAACAAAAGCUGUACAUCCAAUCGACCAUAUUUUUUAAAAAGACACGUGCACUUCCAUUCGUUCUACUCACCACGAUCUCGUUCUCGACUGCCGUAGUCAUGACCUGGUGUUUGAAGCGCGGCUGGGUAUUACUUUGCCAACAACAGGCACUGCGUCAAAGUGUCAUGAUCGAAUGCUCGUUGGUGCUCCGAGUCAUGCUCUGGCUGAAUCAAAACGUCAACCAGUGGAUUGCCUUGGAAGUGAGAUUGAGAUAA